AUGCCGCAAAGACCAAACCGUGGAAACAAUCAACCACCGACACCACCGGAAAUCAACUCAGCUGCGUUUCAAGCAGCUGUAUCUAUUGCAGUCACAGCAGCAAUGGCGCAAAUCCACAAUGGGAACAAUGGUGGAGGAAACGGACAGGGGACCGGAAGUUCAAACAACCGGAUGAACCAAGGACCUAUCAAGGCAUGCUCUUACAAAGAUUUCACCAACGCCAAGCCACGAACCUUUAAUGGCACAGGGGGAGUGAUAACCCUGAAGAGAUGGAUUGAAAAGGUGGAAUCGGUAUUCGAGAUAUGCGGAUGCCCUGAAGAAGUCAAGGUGAAGUUUGCAACAUGUACAUUUGUUGAUCAAGCUCUCACCUGGUGGAAUGGACAUGUGGAGGCUAUGACUCUCCUGGUGGCUAAUGCCAUGCCUUGGAUGGAACUGAAGGAAAUGCUCAUGGUUGAAUACAGCCCACGUGGUGAGGUUCAUAAAAUGGAGCAAGAGUUAUGGAAUCUCACUGUCCGAAACUCCGACAUCGAUGCCUACAUAUCGAGGUUUAGCGAACUGACCCUGUUGUGCCCUGACAUGAUUACUUCGGAAGGGAAGAAAAUCGAAUGA